AUGCUCUCCAAGGUAAAUGUUAACUUGCCCCUCCUUGACGUGAUCAAGAAUAUGCCAUCCUAUGGGAAGAUUUUCAAGGAUUUGGUGACCAAGAAGAGGAAGUUCAAGGAUGGAGAGAAGGUGGUGGUGUACGAGGCGGCAAGUGCCAUGCAGCACGACUUGCCCAAGAAGGAACGGGACCCCGGUGGUUUCAUUAUUCAGAUAGCCUUGGGAAACGGAAAGGUAGCUUCGGGGAUGCUAGACCUCGGAGCCGGAAUAAACCUCAUCUCCUUCUCAAUUUUUCAGAGGCUUGGUCUUGGGGAGUUGAGGCCGACCCGCAUGUGCCUCCAGUUAGCGGACCGUUCCAUACGGUAUCCGAAGGGGAUAGUCGAGGAUGUUCUCGUGAAGGUGGGUAAGCUUAUCAUUCCUGUCGACUUCGUUGUCUUAGACGUUGGAGAUGUGCACGAGAAUGGGAAGGAUCACACCAUCCUUCUCGGGAGACCUUUCAUGGCAACCACGAAUACACUUAUUGAUGUGAAGAAUGGGACCCUGAACAUGACCGUUUUGGGAGAGUCGGUGUCUAUUUCCGUUCGAGGAGCCAUGUCUGUUUCCUCAGUGAAUUUUGUAGAAGAAUGUGCUUUUGUUGAUCUAGCCGACCCCUUUGUUGAGGAGAUGGUCAUUCACGAGUUCGAGGAGAUAUCUAUGCCGGUUUUUGAGGAUGAGGAUGAGCCUACAGUUGAGCUCUUUGAAGUGGGAGAAGGCCAUUCCCGAGCUGAAUCCACACUUGAGCUUAAGGAGCUGCCCAAGCACCUUAAGUAUGUCUUUUUGGAUGAUGCCCAACAGAAACCGGUGAUCAUUUUUGCUGAGCUUGACCGUGAGGAAGAAGUGGAGCUGAUUGCUAUGCUCCGGAAGAACCAGAAGGCAAUCGGGUGGAGUCUGGGAGACAUCAAAGGGAUCAGUCCAUCUACAUGUAUGCACCGGAUCAUCUUGGAGGAGGGAGUCAAGCCAUUUCGGGAUAGCCAACGUCGGCUAAACCCGAAUAUGAUGGAGGUAGUCAAGAAAGAGGUGUUGAAGCUUUUCUCAGAAGGGAUGAUCUAUCCAGUAGCGAGUAGUGAGUGGGUCAGUCCUAUUCAUGUGGUGCCCAAGAAGGGGGGCAUAACCGUGGUCGAGAACGAUAAGAAGGAGUUGGUCCCCACCCGCAUCACUACUGGGUGGCGCAUGUGUAUUGAUUAUAGGCGACUGAAUGCUGUGACAAAGAAGGACCACUUCCCGUUGCCAUUCAUUGACCAGAUCCUUGACCGUCUUUCGGGCCAUCAGUUCUACUGCUUUUUGGAUGGACUCUCCGGCUACUACCAAGUAGCCAUUGCACCUGAGGAUCAGCCAAAGACGACUUUCACGUGCCCCUUUGGCACUUUCGCGUUCAGACGGAUGCCCUUUGGCCUAUGCAAUGCACCGGGUACAUUUCAGAGGUGCAUGUUCUCCAUCUUCUCGGACAUGCUUGAGGACUGCCUACAGGUAUUUAUGGAUGACUUCUCUAUCUUCGGUGAUUCAUUUUCUCAUUGUCUCCAUAAUUUAUCUCGUGUCCUUGAGCGUUGCAUUGAGUCUAAUUUAACUCUGAGUUGGGAGAAGAGUCAUUUCAUGGUUAGGAGUGGCGUUGUUUUAGGCCAUGUUGUUUCUAGUAGGGGGAUGGAGGUAGACAAGGCUAAGAUAGAUGUUAUUGAAAAACUUCCCCCUCCUGUGAAUGUUAAGGGGAUUAGGAGUUUCUUGGGGCAUGCGGGGUUUUAUAGGCGUUUUAUUAAGGACUUUUCGAAAAUUAGUCAACCAUUAUGCCACUUGCUUGCUCAGGAUGUACCAUUUAUCUUUGAUGAUGCUUGCUUGAGUGCUUUUAAUGAACUAAAGAGCAAGCUUGUGAGUGCCCCUAUUGUCAUUGCCCCUGAUUGGUCUCUUCCUUUUGAAAUUAUGUGUGAUGCAUCUAACCUUGCCGUGGGCGCCGUUUUGGGUCAACGAGUUGAUAAGUUGCUUAGAGUGAUUUAUUAUGCUAGUUUGACUCUUAAUGGGGCCCAACAGAAUUACACCACCACCGAGAAGGAACUUCUAGCCGUGGUCUUUACACUAGAAAAAUUUAGAUCUUAUAUUUUGGGAUCUAAGGUAAUUAUUCACUCAGACCAUGCGGCUUUGAAGUACCUUUUGAGCAAAACUCAUUCUAAACCAAGGCUCAUUCGGUGGAUUUUGUUACUGCAAGAGUUCGAUGUAGACAUUAGAGAUAGGAAAGGUUGGGAGAAUGUAGUUGCUGAUCACUUGUCACGCAUAGUCCCAUCUGACUCAUCAUCUUCAUUGAUUGUGCAUCAUUCUAUUAAUGAUAAUUUUCCUUAUGAGCAUGCGCAUGAAGUGUCGAAAAGUGCUUGGUAUGCUGACAUUGUGAAUUUUUUGUGUUGUGGGAAACUGCGGCCUGACCUCUCUUCCCAAGAGAGAAAGCGUUUUAUUUCUGUGUGUAGGGACUACUUCUGGGAUGAGCCGUUUCUUUACAAGAUGGGAAAGGACGAGGUGCUUAGGAGAUGUGUACCGGAAGAGGAGCAAGUCGAUGUCCUUACAUUUUGCCAUGAGUUUCACUGUGGAGGCCACUUUGGCGGUCAGAAAACCGCCUUUAAGGUACUCCAAUCAGGUUUGUUCUGGCCAUCACUUUUCAAAGAUGCUCACACUUUUUGUCGCUCUUGUGAUCGAUGCCAAAGAACUGGGAAUAUAGGUCGCAGAAAUGAGAUGCCCUUGACUAAUAACCUUCAAGUCGAAAUUUUUGAUGUCUGGGGCAUCGAUUUUAUGGGACCAUUUCCUAAGUCUAAUGGUUAUGAGUACAUUUUACUUGCCGUAGAUUACGUGUCUAAGUGGGUUGAGGCUAUCCCCACAAAGACAUGUGAUGCUAAUAUCGUGAUCAAGUUUGUGCAAGGGUACAUAUUGAGUAGGUUUGGGUUCCCACGAGCAAUUGUGAGUGAUGGAGUGAAGCACUUUUGCAACAAGCUUUUCGAGAAGCUGAUGAAGAAGUAUUGCAUAUCACAUAAAGUGGCUACUCCCUAUCACCCACAAACCUCGGGCCAGGCGGAGACAAGCAAUAAGCAGAUAAAGACCAUUCUAGAGAAGACGGUCAACUCAUCAAGGAAGGAUUGGUCGAGCCGGCUCGACGACGCCUUGUGGGCCCAACAAACAGCAUACAAAGGCGUCCUGGGAAUGAGUCCUUUCAGACUCGUCUAUGGGAAGUCUUGUCACUUACCAGUGGAGAUUGAGCACAAGGCCUUGUGGGCCAUUAAGAAGACGAACCUUGAUCUGGAUGCAGCCGGAAAAGCCAGACUGUUGCAACUAUCAGAGUUGGAAGAAAGAAGGAACGACGCAUAUGAGAAUGCCAAGAUCUAUAAAGACAAGGUAAAGAGUCUUCAUGAUGCCCAUAUUGUCAGAAAGGAGCUGGUACCGGGUAUGCGUGUUCUCUUGUUCAAUUCCCGACUCCGUCUUUUUCUGGGAAAAUUGAAGUCCCGGUGGAGUGGCCCAUAUGUUAUUGAGGAGGUGUUGUCUUUUGGGGCCAUUCGACUUCGCAAAUUUCAACUGACUCAAAAGUCGAGAACCACUUCUCGACCAAUUCCCGAGGCUGUCUGA